UUUUAUGUUCGGUGCAUUUUUACCUCCGAACACUAACUCUCCCUCUUGCACAGCUCAGAGUUUGUUCUACACUACAUCUAACCUAUGCUCCAUCUUUUGGUCCACAUUUAUGGCUGUCUUUUUGUACGUAUCGAUAGCGAGGAAAAAACCUAAAUUGGCUGACAAAAUGUUCUAUGUUUUUCAUGCUAUUGGAUGGGGAGUGCCUGUGCUAAUUGCUUGCUUAGCGCUGCAAGCAGACGUGCUUGGAAAUGAUCGCGAUAUUUACAGCUCAGCUUGGUGUUGGAUCAAGGUGCAGGACAGUGGCAAAAAUGUCAAGGAUAGUUACAUCAUGUGGAUGCUUGUCACAGGAAAAGCGUGGGAAAUAUUGGUCUUUAUACUUAUUCUUAUUUUCUACGGGCUGGUAAAAUGUCAUCUUCGACAAGAGGUGUACAUAAACGAAAGAAGCUAUAUUGCAUGUAAAUCUCUGGAAGCAGCAAAGAGAUUCGACAAAAAACUGACUUUAGUUCCUGUUAUUUUUCUCUGUUUACGAUCCUGGGGAAUGAUGCGCUUCGCAAUUUAUUUGAGUUCGUCUGUGCACGAAUCACAAUCAGUACGAAAUGCGCAAGAAGUCUUGAUAUAUUUCCAGGGAGUAUUUGAAAGUGCACAGGGUCUUACCAACUUUCUCAUGUUCUGCCUGUUUACCGAGAAAUUCCAAGUGAAUAUGAAGAGAACAAUUCAGAGAUACUGCGGCAUGUCGUACUGUCCUGUAGACCUCGACAUUCAAAACACGGAUGAUAGCCAGACCCAACCACAAUCAUCACAAGAGAACGAAAGCUCUUCAAUAUUUGGAACCUCAGAUUUUGGUCCGAAAUAUUCCUAUCAUACCGUGAGUUGGAUGAAUUCUUAGAAAAAUACAGAAAAUGGGAGGAAAAAGGAGGAGCGAGCACAAAAACAAAACUAAAUUUGAAUACACGUUACAACUUUAAUCCUGUUGCCAUUACGUAACAGGAGCGGAUCUAUGGGAGGGGGUGCAGGGGGUGCGAUUUGCUAAGUAAACGUUUCAUGAAAUAUCUUAACUGAAAUAGAUAGGUUUCUUAGUUCUUGUCGAGGUCUUGACGAAGAAACCAUUGCUUGUUUCCUAAAUAAUUAUUUUUCAGAAAUUACACUGCAGUUGCCAGCGCAGCAUUUCGUCCGAAUAUUAGUAAUUGAAGCAAUAUCAUGUGGUUUUGAAUCAAGAACGAUUAAAAUCAUCCGUUGGAAUUUGUCCAUAAUUAAAAUGUAAGUAUUUGAACAAAAUUUUGCGUACACAGAAAAAAAUAUCCUACCAAGUUAUUUGUCAGCGCAGUAGAGAGAUGAUGGUGUGGUUCUAACAAAUAAACACAUGUAAACUUA